UAUUUUUUGAAAGUCUUAAAAAAGAAUGGAGGCCAGAUUGGAGAGAGCUAUGCAGAAAAGGCAAGUACUGUUUUUCUGUGUAUUUAUGGGGGUGUCUUUGGUUAGAGCCAAACAGCUUCAGUAUUUUGUGGCAGAGGAAACUGAGAAAGGCGCUUUCCUGGGCAAUCUGCAGAAGGAUUUGGGGUUGGGGCUGCGGGAACUGUCAGCCCGGGGAGCUAGAAUUGUUUCAGAUGAGAACACACAGUUUUUACUGCUCAGCCCAUUUACUGGGGAAUUAAUUCUAAACGGGAAGCUGGACCGAGAGGAACUGUGCGGCUCCGAGGAGCCCUGCGUGCUUAGUUUUCAGGUGCUGUUGGAAAACCCAUUUCAGAUUUAUCCUGCUGCGCUACACGUCAAAGAUAUAAAUGACCAUUCUCCAGUAUUUCUAGACAAAAAAAUUCUCUUGAAAAUAUCAGAAAGUACCACUCCAGGGGCGACGUUUCUCCUGGAGAGGGCACAGGAUUCCGAUGUGGGAACAAACAGCCUGAGUAACUACACCAUCAGCCCCAAUGGUCACUUCCACAUUCAAGUGCAUGAUGGUGGGGAAGGGACCGUCUUUCCUGAACUGGUACUGGAUCAAAUGCUGGACCGGGAAGAAGUGCCAGAGUUCACUUUAACUCUCACAGCCUUUGAUGGUGGGUCUCCGCCUAGAUCUGGGACAGUCCAGGUGCAAAUCCUGGUGUUGGACAUAAAUGACAAUUCCCCUGAGUUCUUGCAGUCGAUCUACAAAGUGCAGUCACCUGAAAACACCCCUGUUGGCUCCUUGGUGGUUGCUGUGUCUGCUAGGGAUUUAGACACAGGAAGUUACGGGCAAAUAGCAUACACGUUUUUUUAUGCCACUGAAAGAAUUCUCCAAACGUUUCAAAUCAACUCUACGUCUGGCAAUCUCUACCUUAAAGGCAAACUCAACUACGAAGCAAUUCAAACUUAUUCAAUAACUCUUCAGGCCAAAGACGGCGGGGGACUUUCUGGGAAAUGUACUGUGGUUGUAGAGGUGACGGAUGUAAAUGAUAACCCACCUGAGCUUCUCAUGUCAUCACUCACUAGCCCCAUUGCGGAAAAUUCGCCAGAGACCGUCGUUGCUGUUUUUAGGAUUAGAGACCGAGAUUCAGGGAACAAUGGGAAAACCACGUGCUCCAUUUCACAUGAUCUCCCUUUCCUCCUGAAGCCAUCUGUGGAAAAUUUCUAUACUCUGGUAACGGAGAAACCUUUAGAUAGAGAAUCAAACCCUGAGUACAACAUCACCAUCUCUGUCACCGACCUGGGCACACCCAGGCUCACAACCCAGCACAUCAUAACAGUGCAGGUGUCUGACAUCAAUGACAACGCCCCUGCCUUCACUCAAACUUCCUACACUCUGUUCAUCCAAGAGAACAACAGCCCCGCCCUGCACAUAGGCACCAUCAGCGCCACAGACUCGGAUUCAGGCUCCAAUGCCCACAUCACCUACUCACUGCUGCCAUCCCAGGACCCACAGCUGGCUCUCACCUCGCUCAUCUCCAUCAAUGCCAACAACGGACAGCUGUUCGCGCUCAGGGCGCUGGACUAUGAGGCCCUGAAAGCCUUCGAGUUCCGAGUGGGUGCUGUAGACCAAGGCUCGCCAGCUCUCAGCAGCCAGGCGCUGGUGCGCGUACUUGUGCUGGAUGACAACGACAAUGCGCCUUUCAUGCUCUACCCGCUGCAGAACUCCUCUGCGCCCUGCACUGAGCUGCUACCCAGGGCUGCAGAGCCCGGCUACCUGGUCACCAAGGUUGUGGCUGUGGACCACGACUCUGGCCAGAAUGCCUGGCUGUCUUUCCAGUUGCUCAAGGCCACGGAGCCUGGGCUGUUCAGCUUGUGGGCGCACAACGGAGAGGUGCGCACCACCAGGCUGCUGAGUGAGCGCGAUGCAACCAAGCACAGGCUACUUCUGAUGGUCAAGGACAAUGGCGAGCCUCCGCGUUCAUCCAGUGUCACACUGCAUGUGCUGGUGGUGGAUGGUUUCUCUCAGCCAUACCUGCCUCUGCCAGAGGUGGCACGUGAGCCCGAACACGACGAGGACGCGAUAACUCUCUACCUAGUCAUCGCCUUGGCAUCUGUGUCUUCACUCUUCCUCUUCUCUGUGCUGCUGUUCGUGGGGGUGAGGCUGUGCAGGAGGGCCAGGGAGGCCUCUCUGGGUGGCUGCCCUGUGCCUGAGGGACACUUUCCUGGCCACCUGAUGGAUGUCAGUGGCACAGGGACUCUGUCCCAGAGCUACCAGUAUGAGGUGUGUUUGACUGGAGGAUCAGGGAUAGCCAGUGACUUUAAGUUCCUAAAACCAGUUACCCCCAACUUCCUAACAGAAAGCGCAGGGAGAGAAGUGGAGUGAAAACUAAACCCCUUCACAUGUGGAUGCAGCCCUAGUUUAAAGCUCGCCCUUGUUGAGUGAAGAAGAAUGAUUUUCUAUUAACAUCUCGAAGUUAAUUAAUUCAGUACCAAAA